GCGAUGUCUUCAAUCAAGCAGAAACAAGGUAAGCUUUUAUGAAGAGAAAAUACAUGAAAAUACCUGAAAUCUGAAUGCUUGAUCUAUUGCCAUCACUGAAAUAAGGCUUGUGACCGGUUACUGUGUUCUCAAUGUGAGCCUGGAACGCUUUGCAUGAGCCUGGCAGCUUCAGAGCCUCCUGCUGCUUUCUCCACCUUUGGUCUGGCAUCCUGAAGUAAGAGUGGAAGCACUCUUCAUAUGAAUGAUAUGAAAAAUAGCCAAGUCAGGUUUGCAAAGAUGCCUUUAGGAGCCCAAACCCGAAGUGCAAAACAGGGAUAGCCAACUGUUGGUAAAGGUGCUUCAGUCUUCACGCAGAUAGGACAGCAAAGUAACUGAGCUGCAGAUCUAUGAAGGCCAAAUUUGAAUCGCUGUUUAGAACAUACGACAGAGAUAUCACCUUUCAGUAUUUUAAGAGCUUCAAAAGAGUACGAAUAAAUUUCAGUAACCCUUUAUCUGCAGCAGAUGCUAGAAUCCAAUUGCACAAGACAGAGUUCCUUGGAAAGGAAAUAAAACUGUAUUUUGCUCAGACUUUGCACAUUGGAAGCUCACAUUUGGCGCCACCAAAUCCAGACAAACAGUUCUUGAUUUCACCUCCUGCCUCUCCACCUGUUGACUGGAAGCAAGUAGAAGAUGCUACUCCAGUCAUCAACUAUGACCUUUUAUAUGCUAUCUCCAAGUUAGGACCAGGAGAAAAGUAUGAGCUACAUGCUGCAACUGACACUACUCCUAGUGUUGUUGUCCACGUAUGCGAGAGUGACCAGGAAAACGAUGUGGAAGAAGAACCGAAGAAACCCAAACCAAAAAUUAUUCAGACAAGAAGGCCGGAUUAUACUCCUACCCAUUUAAGUUGAACUGCUGUUGUUUUUCCAAGGGAUACAAGUAGACAUAUGCAAGGGCAACAUUUACUGUGGAAACAGCAGGUCACAGGUUUGGUGGCAACAGCAGCAGUUACAAUAGGAGAAAUUCCAAUAUAAGUUUGCUCAGACAAAAUACAGGAAGUUUCAUCCUUAUUUUUGAUGAUGUGGGUGAUGGAUGUCAUGAGUGUAUUCCCAGAUCACUGGGAACAAAAGAUAGGCAGAAGAUGACAUUUUGAGAUGUAACAGGACAAACUAGGUUUAUUUUUUUGGGGGUACUGUUGGCUGUUCCUUUAUAAAGCAAGCGGGGGAAGCUUUCUUUGUUCUGACUUGCAUAAAUCCUCAAACUAAUAGGCUAGUCAUUGUGUGGAGUACAUAGCGAUAACAGAGGUGGUUUUAAAAACUAAAACUGUGGGAAUUGUAAACCUUUUUCUUAUAAUAGAUUUUGUGCAUGUGUAUUCUUGGUCUUCUAAAGUAACUUUGCAUUAUUUUCUAUAGUUUCUCACAUGUUUCUGGAAAUCUGGGAAAUUGUUUAAAGUAUUUAUUAUCUCAGCAUCCCGGACUUACUACUAGAUGUGUAUAUACAUAUAUAUUUAUAUUUGUUUUUAUUGGCACUCAUUUUCCAGCAGGCAUACAAUUUCUUCAGCACCUUAUUUUGGUGCUAUGUAACUUGUGCUUUUAAAAUUUUAAUCUUUUAAAUGCCUAUAUAGGGUUUUAUCUGGCAAAGUAAUGGAAAAAUGUGCAAUAGGAAAGUUGUUUAAAUAAGUUGAUUUUAAAUUAUUUAAGUUUAAAUAAUUUAUAUCUUCAAUAACAUUUGUUCGGUAGCUUUGACUUUCUCAGUUGGAAAAGUACUCUUAAAUGUAUAAAUAAAGCUAAUGUUGCAUAUUCACAGCAAUGUAAUUUUUCAGUAAGAAAAUGGUAAUGGAGAGACGUGAACUCUACGCAGUAUGUGAAUCUGCAUUGUGAGCAAAGGUUUAACAGUGAUUGAAAGAUUGCACACAGUGUGUAGAACAGCAAAGAGAGAUGGAGUGCCUUUUCCUUGUUCAUUCCUGAUGUGAACUGUUCUACAAGCUGCACACUUGUAUCUUUUUCUACUGGCUUUGUAUGUCCAUAAAUAUAAACUUUCUUAGCUUUGCUUCCAAAAUAAGCUAGUAUUUAGAAAUGCUUAAUGCCAAGUAAUGAUGCAUACUUAAGUAAUGGGUAUAUGUGGGAGAAGCUUUAGGUUUUUUAUAUGUUUGUGUUAAAGACAGUAGCUCAUGACAUACAAGUUUAGAGGAAGAAAGAUGGCAGAAGUGUAUUUUAUUACUUGUUUUUUAAAAUGGAGAUCCUCACUUUGAAAUAAGUUUCAGUAUUUUUUUAAGAGAUAGUAACUGAUAUCUAUGGGAAAAUUAUCACUUACAGUUUUAGAAAGGGGGUGUUUGAAGCUUCUCAACUUGUUUUUAGAAAUCAAAGCAUGGU